AUGCGCUGCUAAGAGAUGAUAAGUUUACUGGAGGACUAUUUAGCUGACGUGGAUAAUAAAAGCGCCGUGUCAUGCGUCAAGAGUAUUUUAAAAUAUCCUUUAAAUAAAGGUGAAUUGGAUUUUUGCCUUACCGAAGAAGAUGAAAAGGUUUUGUACGACAAAUAUUUCUACCGGAUUAUUCUUCACGUUUUUGAGAAGAUUAAACAGUCACCAAACUCAGAAAUACUACACUUAGCUAAGUAUAUUACUCAGUAUUCGAAAGCUGAUGUGUGGCUUGAGUGCAUGUGUGCCUUAGUUGGCCAAUUAGAUGCUUCCGGAAAAGAUUUGGUUGUGAAAGAGUUGGAGAGAUUUUUCUCAGAGCUUGAUAGAGUUCCUGAUUUUAUUAAUGCCUGCCUACACAACUUUGACGUCCAUUUGGAAUGUGCUCCUGCUUUCAUGGAAUCCCGUGUUAGGUUAUUGUGCAACAUUCCGGCACUUAUUUCCAACUUGAAACGUGGAGAUUGUUCUUAUUUUACCGACGGGAGUGGUUUUGUUAAAAAAGUCUUGUCGGCUUUUGAACGUGUUCGUGAAAUUUCAGAAAGAAGCUGUCAAUUUAUGGGUCUGGCAGUUAGUUGUCUCUGUAUGACAGGAUAUACUGAACACGUAUCAGAUUUCAUCAUUAAACAGAGUAUUGGUAAUACAAUCCAUUUGUGGUCGAAGCUUUUAAAAUAUGUCAACGCCAAAGGCUUGGAGAUAACAUUAUCACCGUUGGCUAAGAAAUGCCCUACUUCAAGCAUGUAUUAUGCUUUGAUAUCUGAGCUUCUAGAGACUCCCACUGGCUUUGAUGCAUAUAUGAGACUGUGUCGUCGUCUCUUCUAUAUUCGCCAAUUUCGAACAGGUAAUACCAUCAGAAACAUUUUCAGCUCCUUUUGUUUGGCGGUGAGAAAACGCGAAUCUCAGGAGAAGUCCAAACAACUGAUUAAACAAGUCGAUGAAAAUUUAGGCUUACCUGCUCUUAGCGUUUGGUCAGACGUGAGUUCCAUACAAUCAGCUUCUUUGGAAAGACGCAUAUAUGUAUCUCAGAUUUUUAUUUCGUGGUUUGUUGAUUUCCGGAAUAUGCUUAGUUCUGAAUUUACGAUAACAGAUGAUCAUCUGUUACCUGAUAUUUUAUCUGGCAUCUCUAACCACCUCGCGAGUCCAAGAAUCGAGGUACGUACCCUUGGUAUGGUGAUAGGUGAGUGGAUCGUAAAAUUUCUCAAAUGGGAUACAGGAGACGAAGAUCAAAAGCUAGAAUUUGAUUAUGAGGAACUAGAGUUCCUGAAAUACAUCCGGCCGUACUUUGUUCCUAUGGAUGAAAAUCAUGGAGUGGAAUCUAACCUACAGGCUACCAUCCCCACUGAGACAAUAUCGGGAAGCGAUUCUCACGAAGAUACUGUCGCUUCACGUGAUCACGAGUUGAAUGGCGAAGAUGGCACUGUAAAUCAAACUGUACAUGAACUGGAUAGUGAUGAUGAUCCAGAUUCAGAUAAUGAUUCCUUGAAACCACUUCCCUCUACUCAACCUUCAAGUCACAAUGAUAAAACUCCUCAUUAUCUUCGCGAAUGCCUCGAUGGAAUGCUAUUAACUAAAGUUGAAGAUAACAAGGUAAACGUUGCAUGUACUCUAUCUGCAGAAAAGCUCAUUCGUGAUCACCCGGAAGCAGCUCGAGAACUGGCUCUAGAAUUCGCUAAUACGCUUGUUCAUGUUGAACCACCUGUAACUCCCGAUCAAAAAGAAGUAGCCCAUGCUAGACAUAAAGCCUUAAUAGCUAUUGGAGUGGUUGCCCCCAAAAAAUGUGCUCGAUACCUGACUUCACAAUUUUGUCAGCAAGACAACUCUGUGGGCAAAAAAAUGUAUAUUAUAUCAUGUCUUACUGAUAUUGCUUGUGAACUCUAUGGUGGCAAAGAGGCACUGCUUUCUCAGAAACUUUUUGCAAAGCAGCACGUGAACGAAAAUGAUACCAUUCAAGCCAGUAAAGUUCAGGAAGGGAAGACUCGACGGUUUUUUAAGAAACGUUCACCUCCUUCGACUUUUGUCAACAAGUUUAGCCAUGUUGCUGGCGAGUUUUUCUUCCCUUUGUUAAAAAGCAUACCGAACUUAUCGCUUUCUUCUGUUAAAGGGACCUUCGCUCACCAAGAAGCAGUUCUGUUGGCCAGUUUGCUAGCUUCAUUAGGAACUAUGUACGCAUGCUCUAGAUUCUCUCCUGUUCAAAACCGGAUGGCUGACGAGCUAUUGGAUCUAAUUCCUCUGUUUUAUCGUCAUCCUGAACCUGCAGUACGACGUGCUCUACUGAUAGCUGUCGGAACAGUUAUCACUACAACUCCGUUAGAAAUCCUGUCAUCUAGACCACAGUUGAUCUUCAGGGAUUCAUUAUUACCAUAUGGUAAUAAUACAAACUCUGAAGACAAUACUCUUUCAGGUUGGCUGAAAUCUUGUUCAGUGUCCGAUACUGACACAGAGUGCCAGCUCUUGGCUAGUAAUGGUCUUUCUGCAUUAUGUGAAAGGUUUUUAGAGUUGAAUCGCAACAAGUAACUUUUCAAGUUCUGAUUUACUUAAAUUUCAUCCGUUUGUACAUAUUGUAUAAAGUCUCCUAAUCAAUACAGUUUUACUACCGAAUACAUUUUUUUCUAAAUUGCUGUAAGUGCUUGUUUGAAAUUCUGUUAGUGUUUGGAUUUACUCUCAAAUAUAUGCUCUGGAUUUCCAAUAAAUUCAAAACUCUCCUUAUUGGUUUUGAGUGUUACAACUCUCAAAAUGCUAAUGCAAUUUUUAUUUCGAUAUAACUAGUACUCCUGGUACCUUUGUAGAAGGAUGCAGAUUGGUUUAUAAGUCAGGACUUCUUUGGCUUGUUUUCUAUCCAAAAUUAGUAUUCUGUUUUAAGCGACGCGUUUUAUGUGGUAAUUGUCUUUCAAGUUUCUACUGUUCAUUAGCGAUAAAAGACAAUCAUUGUAUCAGGUAGGCAUUAAAAGGUGUUUUCAUAUAUGUGAAUAUUGAUAAGCCUAAUGGUUAUCUAGGUAUUGUAGUGCGUCUCUGUGCUUAAGGGUGUGCAACUUUGAGUUUUAGUUUCUUACCAGGUAUAAUUAUGUUGGUGGUUCAGCAAUAGAAUGUUCACCAACCACGGACGUGGUCCGGGUUCGAUUCCCAGCCAACGCAUUCCUGGUAGUAAAUCCGGUUAAAAGAGAAGGCUGGGUGUGAGGCUAGCAACUUCACCGUGUAAAAAAGAUAAUAUUACCGCAAUUGAAACUUGAAAGCCCACGGUUGAAACCCUAUUUUCCACUUGGAACGCAAAGGAAUGAGAGAAGACAAGGUAUAAUUUGGGUUAGUAUAUCCAUUUCAGAUCAUCUGGCAUACAUUGUUUUGUAUAAAUCAUUCAUGCAAGAUGACAGAUAAACUCUAGCGUCUUUCAGUAUAAUCCCUUGUACAUAUAUAUAUAUAUAUAUAU